AUGUCGGACAUAGCGUUGCAGCGUAUACAGCGGGAGUUCAAGGAAGUCACUUCCGCUCAAGAGAUGGCCGAGACCGGCAUCAGUGUAUUGCUGGACAACGACAAUUUUCACAACAUCGUAGCGGAAAUACGCGGCCCACCGAACACACCGUACGAAAGCGGAACAUUUAAGCUGAAGGUAGAAAUUCCAGACACUUAUCCGUUCCAACCUCCUAAGGUGCGAUUUUUGACCAGGAUAUGGCACCCGAACAUCAGCUCGGCUACGGGGGCGAUAUGCCUAGACGCGCUGUUGUGCUCUCCGGAGCCGAGCGACCCCCAAGACGCAGUAGUGGCUCGCCAGUUUCUGGACAAUUACUGGGUGUUUUGUGAAACUGCUCGGUUCUGGGCUCAGUAUUUUGCUGGUGGUAGGUCUUUUUCUGUUUUACACCCUUUUACAGUGAAAGACAGUCAUUCGUGUCCCAUCUUCAGCUUUGACCUGUUCUGUAUUUGUUCUGUGUAGUU